AGCUGGAUGUUCUGUCCCAGAUUCAAAUCGACGGCGGCCAUGGCUGUUGGGAUGAAGAGUCGAUCUGUUUUUAGGUCCAACGCUCCACCACCAAUUCAUCAAGAAGGUAUUAAUUGUUGAAGUGGUCUAAUUGGAAACAUUGAAAUUAUAUUCUUUUUUUUUUGUUUGAUUCAGGAUUUUGUGGGUGUUCAGAAAGCGGAGAGUUUAGUGAAAGAGCCUGGUUUCAAUCCCAGUGGCAGCUCUUAACCUUGAUAAUGAAGAAGAAAAGAAAACAGGAGAAGAUGAGAAGAAGGGUGAAAGGUCUGGUGCUUCGUGCUCAAGCUCGGAUCUUCCUUGCAUGGAUAAACUCAGGGAUCAGCUUUCUUGAGAGUGAUUGGAUCGACCAGUUAAGGAAUAUGAUGGCUGACGGCGGAGAGGGAUCUGGUGGCGAUAUUCAAGGCGGUGAGGGAGAAGGAGAGGAAGAAGAGGUGGGCGCGCGGUGGAGGAGGAGAAGAAGAAGAAGGAGGUGGAGGUCAAGGCCAAGGAGGAGGCCAAGGUGGUGGAGGAGAAGAAGGACAAGGGGGAGGAGAAGAGUGGAAAGAGAGUUCCAAACAGAGGGAAUGGGCUUGAUAUGGAGAAAUACUCAUGGACCCAGAGUCUGUAGGAGGUUAAUAUAAUCAUUCCAGUGCCUGCUGGAACUAAAUCAAGGGAUAUUGUUUAUGAGGCCAAGAAGAACCGUCUGAAGUUUGGACUGAAGGGUCGGUCUCUUAUAAUUGAUGUUCGUCAACGUCUUCAUUCAUUUUUUCUAUACUAUGCAGCAAAAGAUAUUCUAUCAAGUGUAGGGAAGAAAACGGUGGAGUACACGGUGCCAUUAGCAGAGAAAACUAAAGACAUGGCCGUAUUUGCAGGUAAGACCACUUUGGAUUAUGUUGGUCAUGUUGCGGUGGAUUUGAAAGACAAGGCCGCUGUGGCAGGUUGGACUGCAGCGCACGACGGAACUGAGGCACCAGUGGAGGGAACCAAAGCAGCUGCAAGAUUAGUUGCCGGAGCAACAGGGUAUGCUGGUCAUGAGGCUGUGGAUAUUGUGUCCAAGCCUUUUGAGUGCUGCUAAAGAUGCUCUGCUAUGGUGACUGGUGAGAAAGCUGAGGAGUUCACUGCUUGGAAGAAGGUAGAGGCGAAGAGAGAAUAUGAGGCCAAGAAAGCAGCUGAAGCAAAUAGGCCCAAGGUAGAUAUGUCAUGUCGCCUAUAAUAUGCUUACUGUUAUUCAUUCUGCAAUUAAACUUUCUGAAAGAGAUGGAGAGGAGUAAAAUUCUCAAAUAUAUUGAAUAAAAUGGUUAUCUUCUCUUUUCAAAAAGAAAAAAGAAGAAAAGGUUAUCUUCAGAGGCCA